GUCAGAAAAAUAUGAGGAUGCAGGUGACCACUGCAGAAAGCAAAAGGAAGUUAGGGGGCAGGUGAUGAACAAUGGGGGAGAAGUCAGAGAUGAUGGGGCCAUAGAACUUGGGGUUAUUGAAGAUGAAGAUGAAGAAGGGGCCAGAGAACAAAAGGGGUGGGGGUCAAAGGAGAUAGAAGGAAAAGGAAGUGUUCACAAAGGUGGGUGAUUAGGAGGAGGUCUGAUAAAAAGGGCAGCAGAGAUCAUAGAAGUGAGGCAUCCUGGAGACAGGCGAGAUGACAUUCUCUAGUUUUGGGUACCAAGCCAACCAAGGAAAUUCCCAUAAUGCCAGUUCACAAAGGUGCAGACUAGCAGGACACCAUUGCUUUGACCCUACGCCCAGAAAAUGCAGAGCCAAGUUUACCCAAUAGGCUACCAGGCUGAUAAAGUUCAUCACAACUUCCAUGAGCACAGCACUUUAAACAGUUUUUGGAAAUGCUUUCAGGUUUUUUUUGUUUGUUUUUUAUCUCAGGGUACUCCCUCCAAAAGAAAAAAUUUGAAUAACCAAAACAGGUUUGCUGAUAAUAAAACCAGGUUCCAGUCAGCUUGCUUCCACAGGCCCUGCCUGCCAGUAACUGAACACCUAGUGCUGAGUGAGCAGCAGUCGGCAUGUACAAGGUGGUUGCUGUCCUGGCAAUGGUCAUGGGAACGCACACCUUAAAUUUUCAGUUCCACGAGGACAGAUCCCACUGGCCCAGCUGCUGCUCCAGCAAAGGACAGGACUCCUCUGAGGAGUGGCUGAAGUGGAACCCUGUGGUGGUGACCCCUCCAGAGACUGCCAGCCUCACCCACCAUGGGGAGUCUUGCCAGGCCAGUGAGGAUGGACCCCUUAACAGCAGGGCCAUCUCCCCCUGGAGAUAUGAGUUAGACAGAGACUUGGACCGGCUCCCCCAGGACCUGUACCACGCCCGCUGCCUGUGCCCCCACUGCGUCAGCCUACAGACGGGCUCCCACAUGGACCCCCUGGGCAACUCAGAGCUGCUCUACCACAACCAGACCGUCUUCUACCGGCGGCGGUGCCGCGGCAAGCAAGGUGCCCAUGAUGGCUACUGCCUGGAGCGUAGGCUCUACCGUGUCUCCUUGGCGUGCGUGUGCGUGCGGCCCCGCGUGAUGGCCUAG